AUGGGAAGUGGCUCGGCUUCAAACCUCAUGGACUUAAUCAAACCCAAUGAGGAGGUUCAAAAUCAGGGCGACGAAAUAACAGCUGUAGGUUUUUCUAUUGGGUUGAUGAUGAGAUGCCUCCAAGUAAGAAAGGUUCACGGCUUGACUUUUGAGGAGAAUGGGGCAACUGGAACAGGAUGUUAA